AUGCUCAGGGCAAGCUCUUGUCUCAAAGUCCUCAUCUGUCCGCUGUCGUGCUUCGGCAUCAGGAAAAACUACUUUGCCCAUGCAAUACAGGCCCUUCUGCUGGCAUUUGCUGCAGCCAUGAGAUCUCUUGUCUGGAAGGCUUCGCCUCCUACUAAUCACAUGCCUAUAGGGGCUUUCUUGCGCAGUGGCAUUCACAGCGUUCCAGUGGCCCUAGUGCCCACCUGUGGGGGAUUCAUCCGUGUGAACAAUCCCAAGGUGAUUCAAGAAGAGCUGCGGAAAGCAACCCCGAAAGGCCACCGCAGCCGACUUUUCCGCGUGCCUGGGGCACAGAAGCCGCAGGGAAACGUGGGUGGCGACGCUGACAGCAACCAGGCUGCUGCUCUACUUUAUGGCGGCGGAGAUUUACCGCCAGCAGUAGCCGAGGAUCCCCCAGGGAGCCCGAGCCCUCUACGGUUGUGGCUGCGCUGUCGUCGCCUACGCCGACCCUGUGGCUGCUACAGCGCUGGCUACACUACCUGCCUUCGGCCCGUACCGGUUCGCGAACGCGCACGGCGCCCUGGCCGUCGUCGUCAUAGUGGGGACCGUCGCCGUCCUCACAGCAUCAACCUUCGUAUGCAAGUCGAUGCGGGCAACGCGACAACGACGCCAACCUUCCCAACGGUCUCCGCCUGCAUGGGCCACUGGGGCUCCUGGCACGCUUGGGUGGCCACGCUGGCUGCCAGGGGGUUAACCUGGCUGCUGCUGUACUUCUUGGCAUCAGAAAUAUACAGAGAGCAGCAGCCGGGUAUACCCCAGACAGCCGAGGUCAUCUACGGCUGGUGCUGCAGGAUUGUGGCUUACGCCGAUCCAGUGGCGUCCACUGCGCUCGCCUCCUUGCCGGUUUUCGGCCCCUAUGAGUAUGCGGAGGCCCAUGCUGUGCUGGCUGCGGUCGUCAUGGUGGUGACGCUGUGCGUCCUUGCAGCAGCUACGUACCUGAAGGUCAUGGUGGAGAACGACGAUGGGACCCCUCAAUACUAUACCACCAUUUCAUCCAUUAUCAACUACGGAGAUGCAGCGAAGUACUUCUUCACGGCCUUUAUUUUGCACACCCUUACCCACGGACGUCACCUGAUAAACAUAAUGGCGACCGUGUUACAAUGGCCAUUGCCACAAAAGCAGCUCCAGAGUAUAUGGCGAAGAAUACUUAUGAUGACGUCAGCGGUUGUAGAGACGGUAUCUCUACCACUGAUAGCCGUCUACAGAAGUGAGCAGACGCAGGAGCACCUUUCCAUCACAGCUGUAUACGCGAUGACAUCCCUGGCUACAAUGUCCCUGUUCUUCAUCGAGCAAAGGGCAGUCCAGGAGCCCAUACAAGGUCCGGGCACAGCCGUAUAGGCAUUGCUGAGUUGGCAGUUGGACCAGACGGACUCACAUUUUGGAAGGCUGUUAAUGUUAGCCAUACGCGCUGGAAUUGCAGGAAGUUAGACGACGCCACCGUUUCCCACGAUCUCCUCGUGCUUGGGCCACUGGGGAAGCAGGGAAGCCUGGGUGGCCACGCUGGUUGCCAGGGGGCUAAUCCGGUUGCUGCUUUGGUUUUGGGCCUCUGUAAUCUACCGAACGCAGCAGCCGGGAAUACCUCAGCCAGCACAGGCCAUCUACGGGUGGUGCUACAUGAUUACGGCUUACAGCCAUCCGGUGGCGUCCACUGCGCUCGCCUGCUUGCCCGUAUUCGGCCCGUAUGAGUACUCGGAGGCCCAUGCUGUGCUGGCUGCUGUUGUCAUGGUGGUGACGCCGUGCCUCCUUACAGCAGCUACCUACCUCAAGGUCAUGGCAGAGAACGACAAUGGGACCGGCAAACGGUUUUCGUCCUCACGGAGCAAGCCCUCACGGUUUUGCAAUUUUUGCACUGUUGAAUCGUCACUAUAAUCGUGUAUGAAUAAACGUUUG